AUGACUUACUUGGGACCACAGGCGUGGUUUAUCCUCGACACCGUCGGAAACAAGCCCAUGUACGCCUCUCCGUCGAUCUUGAGAGAUAACGUAUUGGUACUCAUGACGUCCUCCACCACGGGAGCACCCUGCGUGCUCGACCUCGCCAGUCCGAGCACCCUGCCGGGUUCCGGAAGCUGGCCGACGGCACGAUUCAGCAGCUCAACCCCUUGUGCGCGAUUCACUCUGCCGGGGAACUCGACGCUGGCCACUAUCGCGGCGGGGUUCUCAUCCUCGGGGCGGUGGUGGCUGGUGUUGCUACUGCUCCUGUUCAGUGUAGUAGUUCCGCCGCCCGGCCCGGCAUCCAUACGACGCGACCCUGCGGACCUCGCAGGCGCCGCAAAGGCAAACUCGAGCAGCCUCUGCACGCUCGCCACCGCCUCGGGCGUGGCGACGAUGCUGAAGCCCCUGCCGUGCUGGAAGGCGGCGUUGGUGAAGACGCAGUACGUCGUGUUGGCUUCGCAGUAG